UGAUGAACCUCCAACGUCAGCUAUGAGGUCUUUGAAGGAGAAUCAAGAAGAGUUCAUCAGCUCACCGUUGUCAUCAGUUCCUGAUAUUUCUUGUAUAACCGCUGCUCUUCUUGCCAAUUACUGGGGGAAUCACCAUCUUGUGAAAGAGGCCCUCCAUGUCAAGGAGGGAACAACUGAACGAUUUCACCGCUGUGAUUUCAAUGUGAAUUCGUAUUAUUACACACGAAGUGUCCCAAGCACUGUACCUUAUCACUAUAGUUUCAUUACUCGAGGAUUUCGAGCUCUAGUUUACAGUGGUGAUCAUGAUCUGAAGAUUCCAAUCUUGGGCACGUUAGAGUGGGUAAAAUCUCUCAAUUUUUUCGUCUUGGAGCCACGGCGAUCGUGGCAUGCUGGCGGGCAAGUUGCAGGAUACACCAUUUUGUUCUCAAACAAUUUAACUUUUGCAACUGUGAAGGGGGGAGGUCAUAUAGCACCAGAUAUAAUGCCAUUUGAAUGUUUUGUUAUGUUUGAAAGAUGGAUUUCUCACCAGAGUCUCUGAUUUCAGUGAAUCAUUUCACUUAUUUUGGGGAGGAGAUAUGAUCUUUUUUUGUUGAUUAAUAAUAGAAAAUUUAUGUAUGAAUCAA